UUGUUAAAUCACUGGCUAUCAUCACUUUGACUGUUAGCUUAUCUUUCAAGUUAUUAGUUCCUCUACAGUGGAGUCCUGCCAAAUUAUAUAAAAUCCUCGUUCCCACUUUCACUUCAAUAUAAGAUAUCCUUCUAUAAUAUUCGUAGAUGGAUUCCGUGGAAGCUGAAGCAUCCACGUUGCACCAUGUGGUGGCCAUGCCUUACCCAGGUCGCGGCCACAUCAACCCCAUGAUGAACCUCUGUAAGAUAUUAGCUUCAAAAACAAACGAAACGAUCAACAUCGAUAUCAUCGUCACCUUUGUUGUCACCGAAGAAUGGCUUGGCUUCAUCGGCGCCGAGCCUAAACCCGACAACAUCCGCUUCGCCACCGUUCCUAACGUUGUCCCUUCCGAGCUAGUUCGAGCCGCUGACCAUAACUCCUUCUUCGAAGCUACCAUGACUAAGUUGGAAGCUCCGUUUGAGCGCCUCCUUGAUCGGCUUGAGCCGCCGGCGACAGUUAUCUUGUUUGACACUUUUUUGUUUUGGGCGGUUGGUGUUGGGAAGCGGAGGAAUAUCCCGUUGGCGUCGUUUUGGCCAUUGGCUGCGUCGGUGUUCACAGUCUUACACCAUUUUAAUCUUCUGCCUCAGAAUGGUCACUUCCCAUUGCACGUAUCAGCAAAUGGCGAUGAGCGUGUAGACUAUAUCCCUGGAGUUUCUUCCAUUCGUUUAGUAGAUCUUCCUUCAUCGAUUGUUUUGAGAAACGAAAAAAUGUUGCAUAGGGUCCUCGAAGCUUUUUCAUGGGUGACUAAAACACAAUAUCUCCUAUUCAAUUCCACCUAUGAGCUUGAAUCUCAAGCUAUUGAUGUUCUAAAAGCAGAUUUGCCAAUUCCCAUAUAUACUAUUGGCCCAACUAUUCCUUACUUCAAUCUUGGAAAAAAUUACUUAGAAAGUAAUAACCACAAUGACCUUUAUCAUGUAGAAUGGCUAGAUUGCCAACCAAGAAGUUCUGUUCUAUACAUUUCAAUGGGAAGCUUUCUUUCUUUUUCAAGUGCCCAAAUAGAUGAAAUUGCAGCUGGUUUGCAUGAUAGUGGUGUUAGAUUCUUGUGGGUGGCACGUGGUGAGACUCGUAGGUUGAAAGAGAUUUGUGGUGAUAUGGGUUUGGUAGUGCCCUGGUGUGAUCAAUUGAGUGUGUUGUCUCAUUCUUCUAUAGGGGGCUUUUGGACUCAUUGCGGUUGGAGUUCCACUCAAGAAGCUAUGUUUUGUGGUGUUCCUCUUCUUACCUUCCCCAUAGGUAUGGAACAAAUGCAAAAUAGUAAGCUUAUUGUGGAGGAUUGGAAGAUUGGAUGGAGGGUGAAACAAGAUGUGAGAGGAGAAAGUUUGGUGACAAGAGAGGAAAUUGCAAGAUUGGUGCAAAGAUUCAUGAACUUAGAAAGUAAUGAAAUGAAAGAAAUGAGGACAAGAGCAAGUGAACUUCAACAAAUAUGUCAACAAGCAACUGCAAAAAAUGGAUCAUCUGAAAUAAACAUCAAUGCCUUUGUCAAGGACCUUUCAAAAUGCAAUGGACAAUGAGGAAAUUACAUCACCUUUUCCCAGUUACAAGACCAUUUCAUUCUUAUGGCCUAUUUUCACAAAAAUGUUCAUACAUCUUACAUGUUACACAUAGGCACUGUUCUCAACAGGAUAAUCAUUUUGGUGUGAACAUUUUUGUUCUUGAUAGUAAAGGGGAGAUGUUCUUGCUGCUACUUGUGAGAGAUUUUAAUGCUUGGGAAGCACGUUGUUGGCUAGUGAUGUGUCACUUUAAAAUUCAUUGCAAUUUGGCUUAUAUAUAGGUUUUUAUGAGUGGCAGUUUUUGUUC